AUGAUGGUAGAAGCAAAGGUGCAGAAAAGUCUUAUUAACAGUGAAUCGCUUGCGGGGGCGGCCCGUGGCACGGCGUUGGGAGACGCCAGGGAAGAGGAUCCAGCCAAUUGGGCGCCCUCACCACCACCAAACAACCAGCGGGAGUUUGAGUUCCCGGAAGAUGGUCUUUCGUUCUCCUCAAAAUUUGACAGCGGGAAUUUGAUUCAGGUUGAACGCACGGGACCUUUUCGUUACCUGAUGUACACUGCUCCCGACUGUGGUAAUUCCCCUCAGCAAACCAACAACCGUCAGUGGUUUCACUUUGCCAUUCGUGGUGGAACCAAAGGUUGCGUACUUGCUUUUACCUUUGUGGGUAUGAUGCACUGCAAAAUGUUUACAUACGGUUGGAUGCCCGUCGUCUCCGUCUGCCCAGGGAAACCGCAGUACUGCCGCCUUCCCGGUCGUGCUAUCGUUACGCCAUUAGAAGUGAUGCCACCAACGCCCGGCUACCCGGGAUUUGUGUUAAAACCUUGGGCAAAGAAGGGAGGUGACGGGGAACCGGAGGCGUACGGUGGCGAUGAGGAUGCCGAGGCGAAGGGUUGCUCAGAAGGUGGUAUGCCAGAAAUUAACGAUCUAACGGUUGCUGGUGGGCAAACAGGAACAAAAAAGAAAAAGAAGGAUCAAUAUGUCGCAAUGAACUUAACAUUCGAUGUCCGCAUUGAUGCUGAGACACCUCUCAAGUCACCAUAUCCGCUAGGUCAUCCGCAAUGCCCAGCUAUCUACGUGGCCAGUAAUCAUCCGUAUUCCUAUACAACUCUGCAACAAAACAUUAAAGUUUGGAAGCAGCUGGCCUCUGGAAUUAUGGAUACCACGGAUGUUAGUGAACUGUCUGGAAGCGGCAAGGCUACGCCCUAUACUACAGACGUAUACUUCUCUCAUGAGAUAUUGUGUAAGUCAUUAGAUGGAUUGAACGUUGAUUUGCUUACCAUCACGGACUAUCUUGGUGUUUCUGAGAAACGUGUUCCUCUAUUUAGCAACGGUGAGGCACCGUAUUCUUCUGUACGGGGUGAGACGUCCCGCCCUCACUUGUUUUCUGGAAAGCUCGCUGUUGUUCUCACGGCGCGUGUGCAUCCGGGGGAAUGCCCGUCGAGCCACAUGAUGCACGGCUGCAUUGAGUUCCUUCUUAACAAAGGUGACCCGCGUGCAGAAGCGCUGCGUUCACACUUUGUGUUUUAUAUUGUGCCAAUGAUUAAUCCCGAUGGUGUAGCACGUGGUCACACACGCGUCGACACAGAGGGUGUGAACCUUAACCGCGCAUAUAGAACACCAUCUAAGCGUCGUCACCCGGCACCGUAUCAUAUUAGAGGUUUGUUGGAUUCCCUCAGCGAAACAAAGGGGAAACUCGCCUUGUUCAUUGAUAUGCACGCCCACUCCAACAAGCGCGGGAUGUUCUUCUAUGGGAACUCGAUGGAUGCACCGGAGCUGUUGCAAUGCCUCUUGUACACAAAGCUUGUGUCCUUGAAUACACCUUACUUUGAAUUUCAGUCAUGCAACUUCUCUGAGGCGAACAUGUUUGCUACGGGAAAGACGGGUGAGGGUCGCGACAAUUCUAGCCGAGUGACGUUAUAUCAAAGAACCGGUAUGAUUCAUAGCUACACGAUUGAGGCUUCUCAUGUCGUGGGAAACGCUCUUAACGGUGUCGCAGCUCUCAUGAAUUCACCAGUUGAGGAGGCUGAAGUGCAGCAAAAUGGGACAUGUCCUCGGUAUACCACUGCAAUGUUUGGAGAUGUUGGAAAGGCACUUCUUGUGGCACUACUUGACUUGAAGGGAUGGAACCCGAUGAGCCGUCUAACUGCAACUGCGUACCAUAACCCAAGAGGUUUACUGAUGGCUCUGCAACGGCAGUUACAAAUAGAAAUAGCGGAGCGUUACUUCAAGUUAGCGUUCAUGAAUGGUGGUCAGGUAGCACUCGCGCGUGACUCCACCGGUGACCCACUCGUUACUGUGAUGGAUGCGAUGAAGGCAGAAGAGCUUCCUGAAGCGAUCACCAUUAAAGAUGGUCGGGUAUUUCCGCCUCUAACGGUUAAGGGGGUUCCGAGUUUUCUUCCAUAUGAUCAGGCGGUUCAGUUGUUGUCACACACUCACCCAUCGAUGCCGCCUCGCUCAUUUGUAUGCGGAAUGGUGAGGCGGGCAAUGAUAGUGUCAGGAGGAAGUGGAUCAGGUCCUCUACGCUCCUUUUGUAAUCCCAACACCGGCAUCGUAGUCGCUGGAAGCGGCACCAGCGUUGCAACUGCUGCAGGGCGGAGGGGUCUACUGGGGGCCAAUCGUACUUCAUUCUCUUGA